AUGGAUGGAGCCCCAUACCUUAGGAAAGUAUAUCUCAAAACAUACAAAAACUAUCCAGAGCUUCUCAAGGCAGUAGAGAACAUGCUCAAGUUCACAAAUGGUGAAUACAACGAAAGAAAGGGUAUAAAGGAUCUGGAGUUGUACCAACGUACGAGGAUAAAGAUAGAGAUUGGAUGUUGGUUGGUGAUGUUCCAUGGGAUAUGUUUUCUUCCUCUUGUAAGAGAUGCAGAGUCAUGA